GGCGGGACCAAUAUAGCUCAGGGAAUGUUUUAUCCAAGUUAGCUUAUUCUUGGUAGGGGCUAUUAAGAAGGGGUUAUAUGUUGGUUCAGUCUAGAGGAAGAAGAGAAAUUUAACCAACAUUGAUUAACAAGCAGUUUGCUUUGAUGUAUCAGUGUGUGGCUCACAGCUCAGCUAAUCAUUUAUAAGGCAGAGAUUGAGAAUUUGGAGGAUCAGUGUCUGGCCUUGUCAUAGGAUAACAAGGACUUGGGUAAAACUCAACAUUGUAAGUCCCUUGGAGAAUUGCAUUUAUUGAAAUACGACUUGACCUCAGUCUUUUGGUCUGCCUUCGAAUUAGCUCUACAAAUCUUGCUUUACUGCUUUGAAGGUUUAAGGUAAGAUGUUCCACUUACAAGGCCCACAAGUGCUGCAGAUGCUAGAGAAAUCAUUGAGGAAGAGCCUCCCAGAGUCCUUAAAGGUUUAUGGGACUGUCUUCCACAUGAACCAAAGAAACCCAUUCAAGCUAACUGCCCUGGUGGACAAGUGGCCUGACUUUACAACAGUGGUUAUCCGACCUCAGGAGGAGGAAAUGACAGAUGAUUUUGAUUACUACACCAACACCUACCAAAUCUAUUCUAAGAAUCCCCCAAACUGUCAAGAAUUCCUUGGCGCAUCGGGUGUCAUCAACUGGAAACAACGUUUGCAGAUCCAAAGUUCACAGUCCAGCCUGAACGAAGUGAUACAAAAUCUUGCAGCUGUUAAACUGGUCAAGGUCGAGCAACAACAAGGCAUUAUGUACAUGUUGCCCGAGAGAGCAAGUAAACUGCUCCCUUCCUUGCUGGAGGCAAAGAACUUACCUCUUAAAUCUGGCAGACGCAAAGUCAUUGCACUUAUCACUAUCCAAAACCAGCUUAUUUGUGAAUUUAUUGACGUCUCUGUUGUUGGAUUCCUCCCUUGCAACGAUUCAAACUCCACAAGAGCAGAGGACAUUCUUCAUGGUGGUCACCACAACCAAGAGAUGUUUCAACUCUCCUCCCUGGACAUUACCCAUGCUCCGUUGGUGAAUAAAUUCUGGCAUUUUGGGGGCAACGAGAGGAGCCAGACGUUCAUUGAGCGCUGCAUUCAGACCUUCCCCACCUUCUGCCUGCUGGGGCCUGAAGGGACCCCUGUGUCCUGGAGCCUGAUGGACCAGACAGGCGAGAUACGGAUGGGUGGUACUGUGCCUGAGUACCGGGGCAAGGGUCUCAUCUCCUAUCUCAUGGAUGUUCACAUCCAUGCUCUGGACAAACUUGACUACCCUAGCUAUUACCAUACAGCUUUAACCAACAAAAUCAUACAGAAAAUGAGUCACAGUCUGAAUCAUAUCACCCUGCCCUGUAACUGGAACCAGUGGCACUGUGUGCCACUGUGAAGCAAUCCUGAGCACAAGACCGAGUUGGGUGGGCUGAUAUGGCAGGAGAAGUGGUUGGGCGGACAGGGAGAAAGAACAAAUUGUAAUCAGCAGUAAAGUGAUAUGUGUUGUCUGGGCUCUGAGAAGCAGUACAAUGGUCAACAAAACCACCACAGUCCCUGUUCUCAAACCAGGUCAACAGAACCACCACAGUCCUUGUUCUCAAACCAUUCAUGUAGUACUCCCCUUUGGGUCUGGCAGAUCUGGCAUGGCCAGACCUUCCUGCGGCAGACUCCGGUCUUGUUCAGUUUCCUACACUUCUGGAUCUCAGUGAUACUCUUUUCAGCUACAUUCUGCCCUCCUGCUUCUCCUGGAUCUCCUAUCUUACAAGCGAGGUAUCGCUAAUAAGCAUAUCCUGCCACUUUUGCCAAGAUGUGACAUUACUCAAGCGUAGUAUAAUUUUCCUCUCUCUUGUCUUUACCCUCCCUCUCCCUGCCCUACCCUCAACUAGCUUCACUGAGGUAUAAUUCACAAAUAACACUGUAAUGUAAAGUGUAAAAAGUGGUGAUCACACACACACACACACACGUUGUGAAAGACCUCCCAUAACCAAAUUGAUUAAAAUUACCUGACCAUAUAUACAUGGGUUUAUUUCUGGGCUCUCUAUUCUGUUCCAGUAAUUUAUCUGUCUGCAUCUAUGCUGAUAUCAAACUCUUUCGAUUAUUAUAGUUUUGUAACAUAGUUAAAAGUCAGGAAGUAUAACGUCUCCUGCCUUGUUUUUCUUUCCCAACAUCUUUUUGGUAUUUGGGGUCUCUUAUGGUUCCAUACAAAUUUUAAGAUUAUUUUUUCUAUUUCUAUCAGAAUUUUGGUAAGGAUUGCCCUAAUAAGGACUGCUUUUGGUGGAAUGGACAUCUGCACAAUAAUAAUUUUUCAGUCCAUGAAUACAGAAUCUUUUUCCAUUUAUGUGCAUCUUCUUACACUUCUUUCACUAAUGUUUUAUAGUUUUCAGUGUACAGAUCUUUGACCUUCUUGAUUAAAACUAUUCCUAAGCACUUUUUUUCUUUUUGUUGCUAUUAUAACUGGGACUUUCUUAAUUUCUCUUCCUCACAAUUGUUAGAGUCUAGAAAUACAACUCAUUUUUGUAACCUGACUUUGUAUUCUGCAACUCUACUGAUUUGCUUCUUAGUUUUAGUAGGUUUAGUGGGGGGAAUGGAAUCUUUAAGGUUUUCUAUACAUACGAUGAUAUUAUCGGUAGAUACAAUUUCACUUCCUCCUUUCUUACCCAGAUGACUUUUAUCUCUUUUCCCAACCUGCAGUGCUAUGUUGAAGAUAAGUGGCAAGAGUAGACAUCUCUGUCUUUUUUCUAAUAUUAGAGGAAUAGAGUUCAGCUUUUCACCAUUGAGUAUGAUGUUAGCUGUGGGCUAGCAUACAGGGAUAAAAUCCACUUGCUACUGGUGUAUGAUCCUCCUAAUAUGUUGCUGAAUGUGGCGUCCUUGAGGAAUUUUGCAUCUUCUUAUUGUAUCCUUGUCUAACUUUGGUAUCAGGAUAAUGCUGACCAUAUAAAAUGAGUUUGGAGGUGUAUCCUCCUCUUUAAUUUUUUGAAAGAUUUGAGAAAGGUUUGCAUUAAUUCUUUGAAUGGUUGGUGGAAUUCACCAAUGAAGUUCUCUGGUCCUGAGCUUUUAUUUGUUGGGAUUCAGCUUUUUUACUAGUAUUUGGUUUGAUCAAAUUUUAAGUUCUUUAUGAUUUAGUUUUUACAGGUUGCAUGUUUCUAAGAAUUCAACAGUUUCUUCUAGGUUAUCCAAUUUGUUAGUUAAUAACUGUUCAUGGUGGUCUCAUGAUUUUUUUCAUUUUUGUGUCAUUAUUGUAAUCUCCCUUCUUUUAUGUCUGGUCUUAUUCAUUUGAGUUUUUUCUCUUUUUUUCUUAGUAGGUCUAACUAAAGGUUAAUCAAUUUUGUUUAUCUUUUUUAAAAAUGACCCUUAGUCUCAUUUAUCUUUUCCAUUAUUUUUCUAGUCUCAUUUUACCUAUUUAUGCUCUGGUAGUUACUUUCUUCUUUUCACUAAUUUUAUGCUUAUUUCUUCUUUUUUUAGUUUUUUGAGGUAUGAGAUGAGAUUGAGAUCUUUCUCUUGAGAUAAGCAUUUAUCAUUAUAAACUUUUCUCUUUGACUUGUUUUUGCUACAUUGUAUGUUUCGGUAUAUAGUGUUUCCUUUUUGUCUGAAAAAAUUUUUAAUUAAAAAGAAUUUUUGACUCACUGUUGUUUAGGAACAUAUCGUUUAAUCUCCACAUAUUUGUGUAUUUUCCAGUUUUUGUCUCUGAUGUUGAUUUCUAGUUGUAUGCCAUUGUGUUCAGAAAAGAUUCUGGGUAUGAUUCCAAUCUUUUAAAAUUUGUGAAGACUUGCUUUGCGAUCUAACAUAUAACCUAUCCUGGAGAAUGUUCCAUGUGCACUUAAGAAAAAUGUGUAUUCAGCUGCUGUAUGAUGGAAUAUGUAUCUGUUAAGUCCAUUUGGUCUAAUAUGUAGCUCCAAUCCAAUAUUUUUUUACUGAUUGUCUCCCUGGAUGAUCUAGUCAUUGUUGAAAGUGGAAUAUUGAAGUCCCUUACUAUUAUUUUCUGUUACUGUUUUCUAUCUCUCCCUUCAGAUCUGUCAAUAUCUGCUUUAUAUAUUCAGGCAUUCCAUUGUUUGGUACAUAUGCAUUUUUAAGUGUUAUAUUCUUUGAAUAAACUGACCUUCUUAUCAUUA